GGCCAUUCGCUCACUUUGUCAUAAAUGCUGCAGUAAGACGGUCGGAGAUUCGAGUUUUUCGUUCCGCGAAAGGUUUUUUUCCGUUCCGUUCUGGGUUGGAUUUUGUCGCGAGUGGUUUUGUGCAGUGAGCGCAGGGAAGAAUUUUAUCUAUUGCGCUAGUGUUUCGAAGGCAUUUUUCAGCGAAUCAAAAUGAAAAUCUGGACCUCAGAACACGUAUUCAACCACCCAUGGGAAACCGUGGCCCAGGCAGCCUGGCGCAAGUACCCGAAUCCAAUCAAUACGGCAGUGAUCGGCACCGAUGUGGUCGAGCGACGGGUUGUCGACGGUGUCCUCCACACGCAUCGCCUCGUCAGUUCCAAAUGGUACUUUCCACAGUGGGCCCAGAAGUUGAUCGGUUCGCCGAACGUAUGCUAUGCCAGUGAACACUCCACGGUGGAUCCGGCCAAGAAGCAGAUGACACUCAAGACGAUCAACCUCACCUUUGGCAGCUUCGUGUCGAUGUACGAAACGCUCCGCUAUGUGCCGCAUCCGACGGAUCCGAGCAAAACACUGCUGAAGCAGGAAGCCACCGUACAGGUCGAAGGGGUGCCCCUCAACCGAUACAUGGAGGAUGUGCUGACGAAGAACAUUAGCACCAAUGCCGGCAAGGGUCGCCAGGGUCUGGAAUGGGUGAUAGGGAAGCUGAACUCGGAGGUAAAAGAACUGGCCAAUUCCGCAGCUACAAGCACCAACGAUCUUCUAAACCACACGAAAAAGUCUCUGGACGACAUAACGGAUCAGGCGCGAAAGAGCAUGGACGAGCUCAGCGCGAAAGCGCAGAAAAUCCACGUAUAGUAACAAACGAUGCACGGCGUCACCGAGCACAGGUGCUUCUACAGGUGUCGCUGGUGCUAGUGAGACCGCCUCAUCCCCGCCGCCGUCGCCGUCAUCAUCAUCUUCUACUAGUUCAAGUACAAGCGCAGCAUGCCCAACACAAAAGUCAUCGGCGUCAGCGGUAGGGUCGGCGACCGGGACUCCUACGUCGAAAUUCGGGAAUGAAAAUGAAGGAUUCUCCUCCAGUUCAUCGACCGGCCCGUUUCGAACGAGUCGCAAUAGUAGCACCGGUGCAUCAAGUUCAUCCAAAAAUACAACAGAGUAUUGUUCAGCAAAUCAUAGCGAUGACAACACUACAACAAGGAAAGCACCAUCGACAUCGACGUCAUCAACAUCCUCAUCAUCAUCCUCGCCUUCAUCAUCUUCUUCGACAACUAGAACAAGUAGGUUUCCACCGCCAACUGCUUCGUCAUCCUGAUUUUGGGCUUAUUUCGCAUGGUGCACUUUGCGCAACAACCCAAACUUUAAUCCUUCAGAUUUCAAUUGUAUACUAUUUUGUUAUUAAUUUCCGUUUUUUUUUUUGUUUGCAAAUCUCCUCUCUUCUGACCUCAGUUAGUUGAUACCCGUUUGGAUUCAAAAUUACGUAAAAAAGCAUAGUUUUUCAUUAUUUAUUUUAUUAUGUUUAGUACAAAUUGAAUCGUGAGAAUCGACUAAAUAACAGUUCGCACACCGGAUUCUUCUCUCUGAUCCUGCCAUCCGAAAAAAUACUUUUCUUUAAAUUUUCUGCAAAAUGUCGACUAUCCUAUAGUUUAGUUUUUAGAAAAUCUUCAUACUAUUACAAAUGCUUAUUUCCAUCACCCACCAAUAAGCUUCAAGGGCAUAGUGAUAAGCAUAUUACCUAAAUUCCGUACACCAAAUAUACCGAUCUAAUCGUACCCAGUCCAAAAACACCAGCGGAUUAGCAUCGACUUUGGCACCGAUCCGAUCGAGAGAAACGAGGAAAUCAAUUAAAUAUUGCAAGUAUCGUGUAAAUAUAUCUAAUUACUAAUUAAUUACCAAUUAACCAAAAUGGUAUAUCAUGAAGUGAUUAUUUAGCUUUAAUUCAAUAAGCUAUUAGUAUUAAUAGGUCCUUCGUAAAAAUGUGGAUUCAAUAUAUUAGAUGAAAAAAACAUAAAAAUAUUUGCAACCUUGAAGCUUUGAAGUCUUUCCCCAAUCCCCCAAGCAUAUGUACCCAACAUAAAAUGGAAGCGUUGAAACAGUAACUGCGCAUCUAACCAAUAUGCACACAUAACAAGAAAGUUUUUUUUUCGUGAUAAAGGCCACAGGGAGAGAGGGAUUCUGGGGUAAAGAUCCAAAUUGGUCUAGUGGGUGCACAACACGAAGGCAGAAAGGUGGCACGGAAAUAGACAAACAUUCCUGUGGAAGCUAAUAGAUUUUUGAUGGUAAAGCACAUGCACAAUGAACCUUGAAUUUUUGAAAUUUCCGUGUUUUGUGUAAUGCGAAUGUUUUGCAGUUAAAAUAGAUUAAAUAAUUUAUCAUUGACAAUUGACCUUAGUGAGACGUGCGAUAGCAAUUUAAUGGUGGAAUUUAAGAGAAACUAUGGAAAAUUAAUGCCGAACUGGAAACAAAUGCAGACCAUAUUCACAAACCGAACACAAAACACAUUUGUCAGUCAAUAACGUUUGAAUUGUUGUAAUGUUUCAGAUAAAGAGAAUUCAAAGCUAUGUGAGUGUGAUAGCUUGGUUUCCAUACAUCUUCAAA